AUGAACAAUUAUCAACAAAUUUCACCAAUAAUAUUGCUCAAAUCGCUGACAGUGGUUGCUGUGGUUACAGUCAUGUGGUGCUACCUGGUAGUCCACUCAUCACACCAUGUACCUGGCAGCACUGCAGAAUCAGAAACAGUCAAACAAUCUGGCAUGUCAGACUUUGCUGAAGAACUCACAGGUCUGAAAUCAGCCACAGAAAAUCAAGAGGAUUCUGGAAGCAAGCUAUCACCAAAGGCCCUUCUGACCUUGGAGUGUCCACCUCAUUCAGCUGAUUCUGUUGCAUUUACAUCUUCAUGUUCAGUUGUCAGGACACCUUCACCUUCAUUAUUUUUGGAAUAUUCAAUGCCAGAAUGUAGGCUGUACCAGGGUUUCUCACCAUGUUUGCAAGCCACUGCCAGCCAAGAGUUAGGGCCCCAACAAAUAUCAGAAUGUCAACACUGA